AUGGCGGCAAUGAGGGACCGAGCUUUGCUUCACCAAUCUUCCGGCGACUGCGCCGGAUAUUACUUGACCAGGGAUGAGCUCUGGUUCAACCAAACCCUCGAUCACUUCUCUCCAUAUGAUCAUUGUCAAUUUGCGCAGCGCUACUAUGAGUUCCUUGACUACUUCCAGCUUCGGGAUGGACCGAUAUUUCUGAAAAUCUGCGGUGAAUCUGAAUGUAAUGGGAUAGUGAAUGACUACAUUAGUGUUUUGGCAAAGAAGUUUGGAGCUGCUGUCGUUUCACUUGAGCAUCGGUACCAUGGGAAGAGUUCUCCUUUCAAAUCAUUGACAACAACAAAUCUGAAAUACUUAUCAUCUAAACAGGCACACUUCGACUUGGCUUCCUUUCGUCAAUUUUAUCAGGAUUCAGUAAAUCUGAAACUCAAUAGAACAGAUGCCGAAAACCCCUGGUUUGUUUUCGGCAUUUCUUAUUCUGGAGCUCUCAGUGCAUGGUUUCGUCUUAAGUUCCCUCAUUUGACAUGUGGAAGUCUUGCAAGUUCUGCUGUUGUUCAAGCUGUGUACGAUUUCCCUGAAUUUGACCGGCAGAUUGGUGCUUCAGCUGGAAUGGAAUGUAAGGCUGCAUUGCAGGAAGUAAAUCAACUUGUUGAGCAACAGCUUGCAUCAAAUGGAAAGGCAUUGAAGGAGUUGUUUGGUGCUGCUGAGCUUGAGAUCGAUGGUGACUUCUUGUAUUUUCUGGCAGACGCUGCUGUUACAGCUUUCCAAUAUGGAAAUCCCGAUAAAUUGUGCUCUACUCUUAUUCAAGCUAAGAAGGAUGGGGAGGAUUUGGUGGGUGCAUAUGCCAAAUAUGUUAAAGACAAUUAUGCAGACAGUGUUAGUUAUAGUCAAAAGCACUUGAAGAACACAGCUCUUGAUGAAGAUAGGAGCGAUCGGCUGUGUUGGUUCCAAGUUUGCACUGAAGUUGCAUACUUUCAGGUAGCCCCCUCCAAUGACAGUGUCCGCUCGUCAAAAGUUGACACAAGAUACCAUUUAGAACUUUGCAAGAACGUGUUCGGCCAGGGAAUAAAUCCUGAUGUUGACGCAACAAAUUUAUACUAUGGGGGCACAAGAAUAGCAGGCUCAAAGAUAAUUUUCACAAACGGCUCUCAAGAUCCAUGGUGGCAUGCUUCAAAACAGAUCUCUUCACCAGAUAUGCCUUCCUACCUCAUCUCCUGUCAUAAUUGCGGACAUGGAACUGAUAUGCGAGGGUCACAGUCUCCUCUGAGCCUUGAAGGCGACGCCCAGAACUGCAGCUCCCCAGAUGCGGUCCACAAAGUAAGGCAACAGAUCACAGAAAACAUAGACUUCUGGCUGUCUGAAUGCCAAAAUAGUGGUAGGAGCUCUAUCUGAAGUACAUGCUCAUGGUGAACGUGAAUUUGGGAGGACUUGGUGUGAAUCGACAAUUGCAAUAAUUUGCCUUUGCUUCGCCCUGUAAUUGUUCUGUCAAUACCUUGACCUGUAAAUAUAGAAUAAAUACUCCAACGAUGUAAAAUGGCUGUAGUAACUCAUUUUGAUUAUAUUCCCGGUCAAUCUCCUUACUUC